AUGUUCGACCAACCCGUCGACGUCUGUGCAGCUUGGCCUGCAUCAUUGCGCAAGCUGGCGUUUGGCCUAGACUUCAGCAAAGCCAUCCACGCGCAGCCCGGCCCAACUGGCGACUUGUCGUGGCCUGCCUCUCUACGGCAGCUGACGUUCGCUUGCUACUCUGACGAUCAGCUGCCGGCAGUGCCGGGCGUGGAGGUUUGCAGGGCGCAGCCUCGUGUCGGCCGUUGGCCUCUCUACGGCGGUUGA